AUGGCAAACACUCAGGUGCGUGAGGAUCAACGUGUUGCCGAGGCCACCCUCAACAAUAUGGCACAGCAGCGUGAGCGUCUGUUGGGAUUCGAAAAGAAAUUCGACUCGAUCGACUACUACAUUGGAUCGGCGAGAAAAACGAUAGCCACCAUGUCGCGACGUGCCAUCGCCAACAAGAUCAUCUUGGCCGUCAUUAUCUUGGUGCUGAUAGGUGCCAUCGGUUUGAUCAUAUGGUUGAAAUUUAGAGGUGGUGACUCUGGUGGAACCACUGACACCACCACCACCACCACCUCAACCACCGGUGGACCCACAACCUCUGACUCUACAUCCACCUCCACCUCUACAACAUCAACAUCAACUUCCACCACUGGAUCAACAAUUGGAACUAGUACCUCAACAACCGGUGGAUCUACAUCUUCAUAA